AUGAGAUGCACCAAGUUCAACUCGCCUCAGUCCGAGACUUUCUGGAUCUCAUUACCUACCGAGGAAAAUGUCCGCCUUACCAAAGCCGAUCUUAUCAAUGCUCUGGGAAGAAUAUCAUCCUGGAAUUGUACCCUGCCGAUCCCCGCUAUUGAUGUACGCGGACGGGAUUGGGAUGACAAGCAGACACUCGAGCAACUUGUUCAGUCUUCCUUUCGGAGGAUGACCGACACUCCCGAUGCUCUUCCCUUUCUGAUGGCACUCAAUAUUUAUGACUUUGGAAAGACCGGAAGAUUCAAGUUCGCCAGGGCCGACUCUCUGCAAGAACAUCUCACUCUCAGCGUCGGCAGCCGUACCAAGCGUCUACGCAUCUUCCACCUCUCAUACUCUCUUAAAAUGUCCCAAAUUAGCAGAGACAUGCUCCCUCGAAGAAACGGCUUGAACACUCUCACUGCUGAUGCCUACAACCGAACUACGCUGUCAGCGCUGGAUCCGGAAGUCCUGCGCAAAGACAGGAGCCAACAUCGACCUGGGGGCGAACCAUCUGCCUCCCACCGUUUCCUUACUUGGGGCCGGCAGCUGCUGGAGUUGCGCGACGAAUACGACCGAAUAGAAACCGACAACGCUGCGCCAGUGGAUCCUGAACCAGCGCAAUCCCAACCAACUGUAUGCUUUUUGGAUCGCCGUGAUCGCCUUGUCUCUUUGGUCGGAUCCAGUCGGUGA